AUGCUGAACACAUACCAUGAGGUAGCAAGCUGUGCGCCGUCUCGGCACAAUGAUGUCUACAUCUUCUCGAUAGCACCUCUUGCGCGAGACGGUCUUGCCGCCAUCACUUCUGCAAAUGAACUUCUGCUAUUACAAGACAGGGGAGCCCUUGGCACUCCCAAUGUGUCUGUUCUCAGCGACUGCCCUCAUGGUGUCACUUCGAUGGCUGUGGCAGAUGCUGGACAGACUGUGUUCUGUGCAGGAAACGAUGGCCACGUUGCAGUUUAUGACUAUCGCACUCGGUCGAAAGCGGUGGAAUUCAGGAUAGGCUUCAAGGCGCUGAAUGCGAUCGCCUGUAGGGGUACUGAUGUGGCCGUUGGCGGUGACGCAGUCGUGUCUGUCUGGGAUCGAAGACAAAAUAAAGUGCGCUGGCAAAAUACGGAGCUCAAUGACGAAAUUACCGCAUUGGACUUUCAUCCUACUCAGGACAAUGUGCUUCUUGCCGGAGGUGAUGAUGGCUUGGUCAGCAUUUUUGACACCCAAAUCGCGGAGGAGGAAGACAGUCUCGUUCAGGCUGUUAACCAUGGUCCCAUUCACAAGGCAGGAUUUCUCGGCACAAAUGAUCUCUAUGCUUUGAGCUCAGAUCAGAACCUCGCACUGCAUUCACUUACUCUUGAAGACACCGAUGAUACUGAGCCUUCGCCGGACUUAUUCGGAGACCUACGUCCUAUUGUUCCUUGCGAAUAUGUGAUCGAUGUUUUCCAGACUGGACCGGAUCAUGUAGUAGCUUGCGGUUCGCACAGCCAAACUCGAGUCGAUCUGGUCAAGCUCGUGAGAGGUUCCAAAGUUGAUCCAAGUCAGCGUAUCGUCCUCGAAGGUGCUCACGUGGGAGAAGUCGUACGUUCGAUUUUCGCAGAUGAGACGGUAGGUCAAACAUUCCAUACUCCAUGA